CAGGUCCCCGGCCGAGGCGGCCGGCGGGCUGGGCCGCGAUGUCGCUCGGAGCUGGGCUCGUCCGCACCACGUGCAGCAGCGGCGGCGCGCCCGGACCUGGCGCCAGCGCCGGGCAGCCCUCGGAGGGGCUGCUGGAUCCCGUCUACCCACGCACCCAGGGGGCGCUUCUGAAAGUGGCCCAAAUGGUCACUCUGCUGAUUGCCUUCAUCUGCGUGCGGAGCUCUCUGUGGACCGACUACAGUGCCUACAGCUACUUUGAAGUGGUCACCAUUUGUGAUUUGAUAAUGAUCCUCAUCUUUUACCUGGUCCACCUCUUCCGCUUCUACCGCGUGCUCACCUGCAUCAGCUGGCCCCUGUCGGAACUUCUGCACUAUUUAAUCGGUACCCUGCUUCUCCUCAUCGCCUCCAUUGUGGCAGCCUCCAAGAGUUACAACCAGAGUGGACUGGUAGCUGGCGCGGUCUUCGGGUUCUUGGCCACCUUCCUCUGCUUGGCAAGUGUGUGGCUGUCCUACAAGAUCUCCUGUGUGACCCAAUCAACAGAUGCAGCCGUCUGAUGCGGCCACAGCCCCUGGCCCCUCCAGAGGAUCCGCAGGAGAGGAGGCCCAUCAGACCGGUGGCCCAGUGGCCCCACAUGGCUCUGGACUGCGCUCCUGUGCCAAAGUCCUGCUCAGGCUGUGGGCUCCAGAAGGCCUGCACCUUCCUCCUGCUUUUGUGAUGUGCCGUUCCCUGAGCCCCUGAUCUGGGCAAGCCUCUUUCUCCAGGCUUCGUCAGAGGACGGUCCUCCUCUUCUGGGAGAGGAAAGCAGCCUCACGGCACUCUGCCUCCACCACCUCAGAUACUGACAACCCCACUGAACACGCUGGAGGGGCUUCCGAAUCUGCUGCAUAAAUUUGCUUCUCUUUCAUGUUCCUCAGGGGAGUGGAGCUGCCUCAAGUCCUCUGGAAACCAAGCCAGCUCCUUGGUUAGCAUGAAGUCUGAUCUGGGAGAGACUCUUUCUUAAGGCAGGCGUGCCUGCAGGAACAUGCAGCCAGCCUGCUGCCUCCUUUCCCUGUCUCUGCCUGUGUUACCAUUGUGUGUUUGUGUGUGUGUGUGUGUGUUGCGUGUUUUUAAAUAAAAUAUUAGCCAAUUGCA